AUGACUGGUACUCAUACCUGUACCAGAGGAGAAUCGGUUGACAUUGACAUUGGCAAAACAGACGCCGGUGGAGGAUAUAGGGAUCAUUGUCGUAAUACCAUAAAAGUUGAGAAGAGGGACUCACCUUCAGGUCUUAAUGGCUACAAGAGAUACACGCACACAUUCAGUAGAUCGUGUUAUGUUGGUGGAAUAUAUUACAAUGGAGUACACCAGAGUAGUAUAAAGGUAACUGAUGCAGGCCUCUAUAAAAGAAAGGUAACUGAUGCAGGCCUCUAUAAAAGAAAGGUAACUGUAUACUAUCUGAGCUAUGAUGAUAGUAAUGUACUCCCCCUAAUAGUGGGACUUGAAAAGACUUGGCUUACAGAUCAGUAUUACUACUACAAAAAGGAUGACUAUUUUGCAACUUCCGACCAAUGGAAAGAUGAAGAUAGAAGUGUUAGUCAAGAAACUCAACUUCAUCCAAAACUUCCAGGAAUUAGUACUAAGGUAAAGGAACUUGUUGUACUAAAUCUCACUAAACCUAAUGGCACCUACUAUGCCAAUGGAGAUCAGAGCCGAACUCCACCAACAAAUCCAACUCUUAAAAUUAAAGUCACUGAGCCUCCAGAAACUAUCCAUACAAUCUAUAAAAGGUACAAGCAUAGUCCUGUUACCAAAGAUACAUCUACUAUAAGACUCCUUUCUACCAAAACUACCUCUACGAACAUACCAUUUGAAUCACCUAUAUAUAGAAAUGAAUAUAGUGAAGCUCAUGUUUAUUUCUGGGAGGGUGAUAACAGACACAGAAAUCCCCUGUUACUGGAACUUAAGCCAACAUCAGGUGCUUCCUCAUACUAUAUACUUUCUGGUGGAGUAGGUAAAAAGUGGAGCCAUAUUUCUGUAACUCCCUCAGAAGUGAUAAAGGUACUUGACAGGGAAAAUUGUAGACAUAAUGGAGCUCAUAUUAUAGACAUUUCAAAAAAGGGUAGUUAUGGUCGUUACAUCUCUUAUCCUUGUCCUGGUUGUAGUUCUAAGUGGAUUGGACUUUCCAACCAUGGUACAGAUUAUUCUUAUUACUAUCAUUAUCUUCAUGGUGGUAGCUCCAUUCGCGGAUUCAAGGAUGGUCCGACAGAACAAUCCGGAAUAACAUUCUCAGGUAGAAUAUCUAGUGUGUUUGUGUAUAACUAUCCAAGCGGGCCCGAAGGAAUCCCACUCUUGAUUUGCCUUCCAUAUACAUACAAUAGCUGGUUUGAGAGGACCUCUGUAGAUUCUAAUACAUGGAAGUCAGUAGGAGGUAGUAAACCAACAUCUACAUUUGAUAAGGAAAAGAUACUAAAGAUUUUAAAGGCCAUAUUGCCAACUGUUGUCAUAAAUAUUGGACAGGGCACUGGUCUUUCCAGUCAUGGAAGUUCUAUUACAUACUCUGAUAGUUCUGAACAGAUUGAGGCUACGAGGCAGGAUCUGACUGGCAGUUUCUCAAGCCUCUCUCAUUCUGUUAAAGGUAAAUCUACUUUUAUACUUGGUGGAAUCAAACACAACGGUUUCCCUCUACAAGGUAUACCACAAAAUCUAGUCGUUAAAAAUGUAAAAGCGUACUAUGAGGGGCAAGAUCCUGAGAAUAAAGAGAAGCUUCUAGUGGUUGGCUUGGAGAAAAGAGAUACUGGUUCUCGUAACAACCAUGUGUAUUAUAGUAGAGAAACUAAGACAUCUAUAUGGAAACCGGAUUUACAGAAGAAUACUAAAUCAGGUGCCCCUCCUCUUACUACUCAACUUAGGGAGAUAAAGGAAAAGCUUAGUGCUGGGAAAAGUCAAAAAUCUAACGGUAAUGAAUCUAAUGCAGGUGCUAUAGCUGGUGGUGUUUUUGGAAGUCUUACUAGUGGAACUGCCGUAGGCCUUGGAAUCUGGAAGGGACCUGCUAUAGUAAGGAGCAUAAUUACAACCUUCAUUACUUCCGUAUAG